CGCCACUAUCGUGAUCCCGGAAGUGUAAAAACGGAGCGUACGCUCGUACGAACAUCUUGUUAGUGUUUAAGUAAGGCAUUGUCACAGUGUCAAACGACAUGUUCCAGCGAACAAUAAAAGUGGUGAACUGUGCAGCGAAGCAGCAUUCUUCACUUCUGUUAAGAACACUGGUUCGUGGGUCUGGCGCAAAAAUUGAGCAGUUACGUCCCGUGUUGAAGGCUUCUCGCAGCACGUCCUCGGCGAAUAACAGCAGCAGCAGACAGAGACACGUGGACCGCGGGCCUUUUAUUCCUACACGACUGCGAUCCUGUACUGAAUCAUGUGUGACAUGCAGCGCUAUCAGAACAGUGACAGGACAGAGCGGCGGACCCCUGCAGCUUCUGCGGCGGGAAUUGUCCACUUGCUCUCCGCUGAGGAGCGAGCCCGUAGCAACAGGGACAUCUGGCCAUUAUCACCUGGUUUACACCUGCAAGGUGUGCUCAACCAGAUCAAUGAAAAAAAUAUCUAAGGUAGCCUAUCAUAAGGGGGUUGUCAUAGUGACAUGUCAUGGCUGCAAAAAUCAUCAUAUAAUUGCAGACAAUUUGGGGUGGUUCUCAGACCUUGAGGGGAAAAGGAAUAUAGAAGAGAUCUUGGCAGGUAAAGGGGAAAUUGUGAGGAGAAUGGAGGGUGAUGAAGCUAUAGAGGUUGUUGCAGAAGAACUUGGCAAGAUUGCAGAGAAACCAGAUGAAGAAUUGGUCCUCCGUCAGACAGAGGAAUCACAGAAAACGUGAUGUCAAGCUGAGCCUCCUUGAAGCUGGUCAUAAGUGUAUUGUUCUAUAGGAAGGAGGGAGGAAAACUGAUUUGUAGUUAUAUAUUUAAACAUCGGUAUAUAAAAUGAACAAAUUAAGGCAUUGUUUGAAACUCCCCCCGCCCAAAAAAGUACCUUCAGACAUACCACUUCUAUUAUCUCUGUCUAUGCAACUGUUUUUCUGUUAUAAUAUAGAAUCUUAACUUUUACCAUUUUUCUAUGAAGUAGUAGCCAUUUUCACUGAUACUAACAAUGGCAAAUUUGCCAUUUAUUUUGCCAGCAUACUUAGUAAUCUGAUUUAACUUUUUUUACCUAUUGGAUACAUAGUCUAGGGUGACUUACAAGGUUAUGUAUAUUGAUAAUUAAAUAUAUUCUGUGGCUCAAUUUUUUUAUCUUGUUUAAUUUUGCAGUAAAUCACCAAUUUGAAUGAGUCAUUUCUCAGUUGCAACUACCUUAUUCUUUUGAAGGAGAAUACCAUGCUGGUUGAAACUAUGUGAACCAUAUAGGGAUGGUUAUUAUUCUUGUAUGAAAUAUUAAACUUCUAAAACAAAUUAACUUACACACUUCACUCUAUUGACCUCCUUGGUUUAAACAAUACAGCUUGGGGUUCACUUCUUUUUGCACCUGCAGUCCUUCCAUUUCUCUACAGGUUCUUCUAAACCAACAAAGAACUUGCAGUUACACACCUAUUAUACCAGAUGAGUAAGAAUCCUGAUUAAAUAAUGAUUUUGUGGUAAAACUAAAAGACAAGGGGCUCAUAUACCUUCAAGCAGCACUGCAGAAGAGCUCUUUUAACAUUAAGUGGUGUUUGUGAGUAAACCAUAGAGGUUACUAAGCUGCGUAAAAGUUUCGGUUUGUCUAUGUAAUAAGAGUAGUGUAGAGUCACCGAUUUACCCAGGACAUAUCUUUGAACUGUGGGAGGAAACCCACAGAAGGGAGGGAGAACACACAAACUUCACACAACGUAUGAUUCAAACCUAUGUUUGAACACAUGGCCCAG